AGUGACGGUUCUCCAAUCACAAACCGAGCAGCGAAAUCCCAAUUCAAAAAUCCCUCGGCAAACCCUCAUCAGCGAACAGCGCGCCGCGCCAGAUCGGACCGCCGCGCGCCCGCCGUAGAUGGAGGCGGCGCGGGAUUCGAUGGCGGCCCUCCUCGACGCCGGCCUCUUCGACUCCGCCCAGACGCUCGGAUGCUUUCUUGUGUCUUCUGGCGGCGCAAGUAACGAGGCCAGCAUGUCCAUGAAGGCAGAAAGCUUGGUCCUGCAUGGUGAUGCGUUGUAUGGGGAGAAAGAGUUUCGGAGGGCACUGAAUGUCUACAAGCAAGCUAUGCAAUGUAGCAAAAGUAUCCCCAGACAAGCUACAAGUACUGCCAGAAUCUCAGUUUCCACUACUGUCCGAUCAAAUGUUACGCCGUUCAAUGAAAAUGAGGUGAAGUCUAAAAUAGCUAUUUGCCAUUCUGCUCUACAUGAGUAUCGUGAAGCACUUCAAGAGAUGGAAGGGAUUCCUUCUAAAUUGAGAAGUCUAAAAAUGAAUCUGAUGUUAGGCAAGCUUUAUCGGAUAUCCAGAAAUAAUCGUGCGGCUGCUAUAUGUUAUAAAGAGUGUUUGAGGCAAUGUCCUUACAUAUUUGAGGCUAUUGCAGCUUUGGCUGAAAUGGGGCUUUCUUCGAAGGAGUUCUCUUUACUAUUUUCCCAAGCACCAACUAGAGGAGGCAAGCCACCAGUUGAUUUUUUAGACGCACAACGUUGGUGGAAUAGGUAUGUAGAGGCCCAGUGUUGCAUUGCUUCACAUGAUUAUAAAGGUGGCCUUGAUAUAUACCUGGAACUAAUGCAACGAUUUCCCAAUAAUGUGCACAUCUUGCUGGAAAUUGCGAAGAUUGAAGCCAUCAUAGGCAAAAAUGAAGAAGCAAUCAUGAAUUUUGAAAAGGCUCGGUUAAUUGAUCCAAACAUCAUGGCAUAUAUGGAUGAGUACGCAAUUCUCUUGAAAUUAAAAUCGGACUACACUAAGCUAAACAAACUGGUACAUGAUAUGCUGCAUAUUGAUCCUGCAAGACCAGAAACAUGUAUUGCUCUUGCAGCAUUUUGGGAAAGAAAAGAUGAAAGAAAAGCUUUGACAUAUGCUGAAAAGAGCCUCCGAGUUGACGAUAGGCAUAUAACCGGCUAUAUUAUGAAGGGCAAUCUCCAUCUUUCAUUGAAUCGACCAGAUCUGGCAGUAACAGAUUUCAGGGGAGCUCAAGAACUAAGGGCUGAUCUUCGCUCUUAUCAAGGUUUGGUGCGUGCUUAUCUAGCACUUUCCAAAUGCAAAGAUGCACUGUUCACUGCACGUGAAGCAAUGAAGGUUAUGCAUCAGUCUGCAAAAGCUCUGAAGCUAGUUGGUGAUGUGCAUGCCAUCAGUUCCACUGGGAGAGAGAAGGCAAGAAAGUUCUACGAAUCUGCUAUUCGUCUCGAACCUGGAUUUCUCGGAGCAGCAUUGGCAUUGGCUGAUUUGCAUGUUGCUGAAGGACGGAAUAAGGAGGCAGUUUUGUUGCUUGAAAGAUAUCUAAGACAAUGGGCCGAUGAUUCUCUACAUGUCAAGUUGGCCCAAGUAUUUGCAGCAACAAGUCUGCUUUCUGAUGCACUCUCCCACUAUCAAUCUGCACUAAGGAUAAACCCGCACAAUGAAGCAGCCAAGAAAGGAUUGGAGCGACUGGAGAAGCAAAUGAAGGGAGUAGACCCGGAUGCGCCUGAAGAUGAGGACGAGAACGAAGGUGACGAUGUCGAUGGUGACCAGGAUGACGCCGAGCUGCUGUAGGAACUGUGGAUUCAAAACGGCGUCACAUAUAUGUAUACUGGAGGUACCACAAAUGCGGAAGCUGUCAGCUGACGGAAGGGGGCUUGCUGUGUGGGGUGGGUUGGGGGUUGGUGCUUGGUAGGGUGGUGGCGCGGCAUUUUUGUGCUGAUGGUUUGGUCGCAGGAGUCGCAAGAGUGGGAAUGUCAUGCCACUGUCACGGGGUUACUCUUAUGUACGUAACUGGGCAGGAUAGGAGGUGUGACCUGUGUUGUUAUGCAUGGAAACCCUGUGAGGUGUGCUUGUUAACACUGCGUUUUCUAAAAGUAAAUCAUUUGAAUGGUCA